UAGAGAGAUCGCAGUUUCCUUGUUCCUUGUUUUAUUCCGUGUUAAAAAUAAUGUGGCAAUGGAGUCGAUUAAAUUAGCAGUCAUUUAUCUAAUGUUCUUCUCAGUCAGGGAAACUUUUCAAAACACAACAACAGGAUGUUAUGAUGGGUACUACAGAAAUGAGACAAGCGGGUCAUGCAGUGAAUGCCCCCCAGGAUACACAGGACCAAAUUGUUCCGUACCCUGUGUAGAUGGAUGGUACGGAAAGCAUUGUCAAUAUAAGUGUCCUUCUAUCUGCUCAAACUGUAACGUUAUCGAUGGAAGUUGUCCCAAAGGUUUGUCAGUUAUAUGAAUUAUAUGAAAUGUUGCGAGACAUCUUUAUAAACACAUUGAAUUAACGUUUGAGCAUCACUGAAGAGACAUAAUUUGUCGAAAUGCGCAUCUGGUGCAUCAAAAUUGGUACCGUGUAAGUUUUACAUAUAGUUUAUCUGUGUAUUAUUUAUUUUAGAUUAAGCAUUAUAUUCUAUCCAUCUUUACCAUUAACUAAUCUAAGUUUGAUAUUAGCGAGCGCUGGCUCGUACAGCGAGCUCUUUUGACUAGAGCGCGGGAAAUAAUCCGAGCUAAAUCUAAACCUCUAGCAAGGAAAAUUUGUUGACGCCAAUCCCAGAAGUCCCUUGUCAAAAAUGGUUGAGAUCUCGCAAAGUCACACCUUGGAAUAUGAUUAUGAACUUACGUGGAUUAUCAUCCUAAACUUGUGGUCUUCUAGCUCCAAAAUUCAGUGCGCCAUUAGACGAAAUGUUUAACGAAGUGCAAUGUUUAUGAAAGGCAGGCUAAGAUGAUGUGUGACGUCAUGUUUACGUUUUGACAUACGUCAUAAUAAGACUGACAGUGGCGGAUCUAAAUACGUACUU